CUGGUUGAAGACUUGCUACGAGAAUUCUCUAAGGAAAAUUUUGGUCAUCAAGGUGGAAACUAUUUUCCUAUUGUCCAUGGCCGUACUCAAGACGUAAAGUUGUUUACCCUGAUGACAAGGCAACCUCGGGGGUCUGUCCUGGAACGUCCAUUUAAACACCAUAAGUACACAAUUCUUGCAGGAAUGGAAAAGUUUGUAGUUGAGAACGGGAAAGAAGAAUUUGAAGCCUUGAAGAACAAAUUUGUUAAGAAAGAAGAUCCUGGAAUAACACUAGAUGAGGAGGAUGGUACAGGAGCUGCAAGGUAAAUUACAUCGCUGUUACAUAACGCCGAAGAAUUUGUAUAGAUAAUAGGAUGAUUUGUAGUGAUAUGUAUAGGAAAAAGCAUGAUUUGUAGUGAGUAUGCAUACUAGGUAAUAGAAAGAUUUGUAGUGAUAUGUAUACUAGGUAAUAGCAUGAUUUGUGGUGAUAUUUGGCAUAAAUACCACGAGCGAUAUUUCGAAAUUGUUAUACGUAAUUUCACGAGCCGUUAGGCGAGUGAUAUUUGAGACAAUUUUGAAACGUCACGAGUAGUAUUUUUGUCAAAUAUCAUGUACAAAUUAUGUUAUUAUUUGUUCAUACUACUACGUUCAAAAGGUUUAUAAUUUUACAUGUAGGUAUUUCAAAUUAAGCUGAAAUACCACUGCUCUAAGCCAGUCAAAUUGCAGAAAUUUCUGAUGUAGAAGUAUAAUUGGCCUAAGAACCACGAAUGAUAUUUCAAAAUUAUUAUACGUGAAAUUUGAGACAAUUUUGAAAUAUCACGAGCGGUAUUGGUAUUGGCGCCGAAUAGCACCUACAAAUCAUGCUAUUAUUUGUUUAUACUACUACUCACAAAAGGUUUUGUAAUUUUCAUGAUCACAUGUAGGUAUUUCGAAUUAAGCUGAAAUACCACUGCUCUAAGCCAAUCAAAUUGCAGAAUUUUCUCAUGUAGUAGUAUGAAUAAAAGUAAUAGCUCUAUCUUCCAGUUACUGUUUUAUAUCAAUCAUUUAUAACAAGAAAGGAAAAUGGGACAGAGAGAGAAUCUUAGGGUGUUGGGCAGGAUAUGUGAAUUUUACCAAAGUUAUUUUUAGAGGUUGUAAUUAAACGGAAGUUGAAUUCCUGGGACUUCCGCACAUUUUUAUCGAUUGCUUGAGACGUCCUUCAGUGCCUCAAAGAAAACAAUGCCUAAUGCUUUAUGUCGUAAACUAAAAUGAGUCAAGUUAAAAAUCUACAGAAGGAAAACCUUAAACUAAAGGGAGAGAUUUCAGCUGUAAAUAGUGAACUCCAGAAGCUGAAAUCGAUCAUCGAGCAACAACGACUUCAAGCGGACAUCGAGCAGGUUGGAGACGCUGCAACAAGAUAUGGAAACAGUGUCCAAAAGAGUGUUGAUUUCUUAUGUGAGGACCACCAUAUAACGAAAAACUUUCGAGAGGAUAUGUCGAAAGAACUUGACAAUCUAAGCCGUAAGCUUGACAGUUUGGACGCCGCCAUUGAUGACAUACUGAAGUACAGCUUUCAGUAUAACGUCAAAAUUAUUGGUUUUCCUGAACAGGAUGAACAUGAGUCUGCUGAAACCACCACGCAGUUUUGUUUAAAGCUUAUCCAUGCUAUCGGAGCCGAGGGAGUGACGAAAAACGACAUUGAUAUCGCUCAUAGAGUGAAUAGCCGAAGGACUGACCGCCAUUAGCCAAGACCUAUUGUGUGCAAGUUUAUAAGACGACUGGCCAAAGAAGAAGUCAUGGCUCAUCGCAAUGAAACUUCGAACUUAAACCCUGAUGAUCUGGAUUUAUCUGCUGAUUUUCACACGGAAAAUAUCCGAAUUCAUGAACACCUGAUCCCGAGAUUACGGCAACUUCUUAGCGAGGCAAACAAAUUGAAAUCUACACAUCAAUUCCAGUACGUCUGGGUGAAGAACUCUGAGAUUCUGGUUCGUAAAUCUAGUAGUUCUGAGGUCUUCAAAUUAAAACGCAUGGCCGAUCUUGACAAUCUGAAGCAAAGCUUGGUCAGUAAUCCAACUCAGGAUUAAGGAGAUAAGUGUCUUAAUUGUUAUUCGUUCAUAAUCUUAAUGAUGUUAUAUAGUUAUUGGAAAUGGCUUCGCACAAAGAGAUGAAAAAUCUCGCUAAAGAAAACAAAUUGCUGUUGAUGGCUUAAUGCUAACAAACUAACGCUCAUCGUCAAAAAGUCUAAUUAUGUCAUUUUUCGUCCGCGCCAAAAAAGAAUGCCUUUCAUUCCUCAAAUUAAGAUUUUUAAUCCAACUUUAAAUACUCGAGUAACUCUAGAGAUGAAGGACUUUGUUAAAUAUUUGGGUAUAAUGAUUGAUUCUGAACUAUCAUGGAAGCAUCAUAUUGACUUUAUCUGUCACAAAAUUAGUAGAUCGGUUGGAAUAAUUGCUAAAAUGAGGCAUUACAUUCCACGGCGUCUUCUUUUGAAUUUAUAUCAUGCACCUAUUUCUCCUUAUUUAAAUUAUGGUAUCUGUGCAUGGGGCAACUGUCCACAGACCUAUCUCAAUAAGAUACUUGUUCUGCAAAAACGUGCUCUGCGUUUGAUUUAUUUUUCUAAACCCAGAGACCAUGCAAUCCCUUUUUUUAUUGAAUCAAACUGCCUUCCUUUUCAGUCUUUGUUCUUUCAACAGUUAAGCUAUUUAAUGUAUGACGUUCAUGCUAAGACAGCUCCUAAAAGUCUUCUUGAUAAGUUUGCGAAAAUCAAUACAAAACAUCAUUAUAAUACGCGAUUAUCUGCAAAAGAAUGCUUCUGUGUCAAAUUCUCUAGAACUGAAAAAAUGAAAAAAUCUUUCACUAGAAUUGGUGUGUCUAUUUGGAAUUCUAUUCCACUUUCUGUUAAGACUCUCAACGUUUAUAAUUUUCGUAAAAAAAUUAAAUCACUACUCCUUAAUGUUUUAGGUAAUUAAGACAAUUAUUUGAAUGUUAAUUAUUUAAUAGAAUAUUUUGUGAAGUUAACCUGAUAUGUUGUAUAUACCUCCAGUUGUGAUUUUAGUCUUUUUCAAAUAACAAAAUCCCUUGUACUUGAAUUUCUAUGUAAGGUGUUUCUUUCUGUAUGUUUUUGUAUUUCUUCUUUUCUUUUUUUCUUAUGUAAUUUAAUAACGCCUUUAGUUAAAGUCUUGUCCAGCCUAGAUUAGCAUUAUAGCUAUUUGCAGGACAUGAAGUAUUGUAAACUUUAUAUUUCUUUAAAUAAAUACAUUGUUGUUGUUGUUGUUAUCGUUUUUUUUUUAAUAUAACGAUUUUUUUAUCAGGUCAACGCCCUCAAUGCCUUUCAAAAUUUCAAAUUGUUAUUAAGUAAGAAGCCGACUAGUAAAGGCUAGAUUUUAUAAUUCGAUGACAUCGAAAAACAAUGUAACUGCGCUAGUUACUACAGCUAUUAGAUUCGGGAAGGUUCGUUUUUAUUAUUUAUUGCUAUUUUCUUACUUUGAAUUAUGCUUAAUUCUUUAUAAUCAUCAUAAAAAAGAGUUACCUCCAUGUAAACGUGUCAAAAAAUUCCCUGUACUUAGGCAGUUUCAGAAUUGGCGUCUAAAUGCGAUUAUUUUGUGUUUCUAAUUCAGAAUGGUAGAAAUGGAAACCCAGGCUGCUGACUGCGUCAAUGCAGGGAUUAGAAUGAAAAAAGAUGUGGGAUUCUUACAUCUAGGGAAAAUUGAUCAGGAGUACAUACAGGACCCGGACUUAAGUAAAAUAUUGGAAAAAACAGUCCUGGAUAGUAAUAAAACAGGAGUGUUUGAAGGUCAACAACUGCGUUUGAUAACCUCAGUAAUUUACAGCCAAUGCUUUGCAGUUAAAGGCAAAAGAAAGAAAGAGGUAUUUUAA